GGUUGACAGUGUUGUUGACACGGCAAAUAUCACAUAUGUGGAUUCUACUGUGAAUAUACAUCGUACGAAAAAUAUGAGUUUAUAAGAAAUUUGCUGGAAAUUAAUAGCAGUAGCUGGAAGUUGGAAGCAACAAUUGCAUCCUGGCACUUAUAAGGAAGUUUUCAAAUUUUUGGACAAACGUGUGUUACCAUCGAAGUAGAACAAUUUUAUAACCAAAAAGUUUUUUUUUUUAACAUUCCUUAUUGGUUAUCGUAAAGAUUUCAUUCAUACAUCGUAUACGUACGGUUCGAAAACAUUAAUUUUGAGAUAUUUAAGAUCCAUCAAACGAUAUAGAAAUAUCAAUUAAAUAACGAUGACUGCACCGCCGAAGUUUCCAGGGACCGGUUUGGAGGAAGUAAAUGUGCCUGGUCAAAAUUAUUUACGUGACGCUUUAACAUCGUGCACUGAUCCGUUAAAGGCAAUCGAAACAUUUCAGCUCGAAAAUGGUAUUUUACUACCAUCCCUCCGACCCAUGUUACCAUUGCUCGAUUUACACGGCGUUCGACGACUAGAUUUUCACACUUCCGUGUUGGAGGAGCUUCGCGACAAAUUAGUUACUCACAUCAAUGAAGUAGGAGCCAAAGAGGGCCGUGAAAGAGACAAAAAACUGAAGGAAUUAUUGGUUAAAAGUUUUCCUGUGGUACGUGUCAAAGCAUUACGACCAGUUGUCAUGUCAAUCUUAAGAAACAUUCCACAAAUUGAUGACAAGUACCUACGGAUAUUGGUUCGCGAUCGGGAAUUAUAUUCGGACACCGAUACGGAAGUGAAACGACAAAUUUGGAGAGAUAAUCAAUCACUAUUCGGCGACGAGGUUUCACCGCUGUUGUCUCAGUACAUAAGAGAAAAGGAACACAUUCUCUUCGAUCACACGAAUCUCACAAAUUUGUUUUUUUCGCCAUCUCCAAAGUUACGACGACAAGGUGAAGUAGUACAAAAGUUAGCGCACAUGAUCGGAACGAGCGUCAAAUUGUACGACAUGGUUUUGCAGUUUUUACGGACGCUAUUUUUGCGGACACGAAAUGUUCAUUAUUGUACGCUGCGAGCUGAGUUGCUGAUGGCACUGCACGAUCUGGAAGUGCAAGAAAUUAUUUCGGUUGAUCCGUGUCAUAAGUUCACGUGGUGCUUGGAUGCAUGCAUUCGAGAGAAGAAUGUUGAUAUUAAGAGGUCGAGGGAAUUGCAAGGUUUUCUCGAUAAUAUAAAACUUGGCCAAGAACAAGUGCUUGGAGACUUGUCAAUGACACUGUGCGAUCCGUAUGCAAUUAAUUUCUUAGCUACGUCAGCUAUAAAAAUUCUUCAACAUUUAAUCAACAAUGAAGGUUUGCCGAGAGAAAAUACAAUUUUGAUUUUGCUGUUACGAAUGUUGGCACUUGGAUUGAGUGCUUGGCUAAUGAUUGAUUCGCAAGAUUUUAAAGAACCAAAGUUGGACAGUCAAGUCGUAACGAAAUUUCUUCCUGCUUUGAUGUCACUAAUGGUCGAUGAUCAAGUUCGUCAAUUACAUUCAAGAUUACCUCCAGACGAACGCGAAAGUGCUAUUACCAUUAUUGAACAUUCUGGUCCAGCGCCGGAUUCCGUUGAGGCAUACAUUCAAGAAAGCAGUGUGGCAUCUAUUUUAGCUAUGUAUUAUACGCUGCACACAGCCAGACAUAAGGACCGAAUCGGAAUUUUACGCGUUUUGAGAGCUUCUUGUAAGGACGAUCGAGCUUAUGAAGAUCCAUUCUUACAUUCUUUGAUCGCAUUGCUCAUUCCAAUGGGGGACGAAUUUGUAAACGAAGACUUUUGCACAGGUUUAUUCGAUGAGUUCUUAUUCGCUGGCCUAUCUCGCGACAAUGUCACUCGACACAUGCUGAAAUUGCUUUGGUACAUUCAUCCCAGACUGCCUGCAGUCCGUUUAAAUACUCUGAUGAAAGCGCUUCAACCAACAACACAGCAUAACGAAAGUGUUCACUUGUUACAUUCAACUUUACAGAGUCGUAUUGGAACGGCAAUACACGAAUCUACAAUUCAUGAAACAGCUAUGGACAUUGAUUACGACUCCCCAUUGAAAAGUGUACCAACUCCGUCAAGGCCUAGCUAUUAGUGGUUAUUCUUUAAACCUGAUAAAAGUUCUGCCAAUGCUCAAUUGAGCUGCUUAUUUUAAUAGUUUUGAUAACACUGACUCAGGUGAAUUUCUUGUGUUAAUCGGAAAUAAUAGAACUAAUUGGCCUGAGAAAUCA